AUGGGGCUCCUACCUAGUCUACCAACUACCAAACCAUUAAUGGAACUGGCCGAAGAAGUUAUUACAAACACGAUUACUUCUGCUAUUUCAACCACAGUUGAUGUUGAGAUAGUGGACCACCGUAGCUACCAAGAGUUCCCAACUCUCCCUGCCUGUAACAAUGUUAGGGACUAUUCCCCUGUUCCUACGGCUGGGAGACCUUCAAAUGGGAAGCAUCCAAGCAAGCAUGGGAGUGUUCCACAAACUAGGCUCACACCUGCCAAGCCAUGGAGCCAAGUCUUAAAGCAAAAUGCAAGGGAAAAAUCCAACUCUCUACACCAACACCCUUCUAAGGAUGUUGUGCCUGUUUCCCUCUGUUGCAGUGUUGUUGUGCCUGCUACUAUUGCGGUCCUUUGCUGUUUGUAG